CCAACCAUCUCGAAAAUGACGAAGAAGUGUAAUUGAGAAGGUCCCUUUCGGUUGAUGAAAGCAGUAUUUGAACUUAACAUAUGGCUCUGCAAUGUGUCAUAAAACCCAAAAUGUGGUUGGGUCUCAAGCAGAUCCUCCUCUACGUAGGCCUGUUGCUCUGCGUUCUCCUUCAGGUCUGUAGGAGUAAGACCCAGUCGCAGAUGUUCUGCCCCUCUGUUUGCCACUGUGAUCUGCACGCCCAGCGCAAUCGCGCAAUAUGCAGCGCAAAGCGCUUGAUAAGCGCCAAUAUAGAAAUACCUACAACGGUUGAGCUGUUGGACCUGAGCUACAAUGAUAUAACCACUAUUGAUGAUGACUCCUUUAAAAUCACCAUACACCUGCUCAAUCUUACGUUGGCCCACAACGCCAUCCACACACUUUAUGGAGAUGCCUUUGUGGAGUUGACCAGACUACGCUAUUUGGAUCUUUCGUACAACCGGCUGGAGCAGAUCGAUGAGCAUAUCCUGGAAUCCAACAAUCAACUGACACACCUCAAUCUGGAGGGCAAUAAGUUGUCCACUCUGGGAAAAGGACCCAUUUUAAGGAGUCCAUCGCUUCGCUCUCUCAAUCUGCGCAACUCGCAGGUAAAUCAACUUGGAAGCCAGCUUCUGAGUGCGCUGCCUCAACUGCGCCAGCUGGAUUUGGCGCAGAAUCUGCUGGUAACCCUCAGUCCUGGUGACUUCCAUGCCCCCCGCUAUCUGGCCUCACUGAAUGUAGAGGAAAAUCCCUUCAAUUGCGAUCGGGCAUUGGCCAAAGUGGCCACUGGAUUGCGACAGCGUGGAGUGGACGUUUUCAUGAGCGACUGCACGGAGGAGGAGGUUCAGGAUCAGCAGCAGGAUGCGGAAGUUGUGAAUUUUCCCAACAAAAGCGAAAAGUUCGAAAGCAUGGAGAUCGUGGAGCCCAGCACCCGAGGACCCCAAUCCGUGCUGUCCGUCUGGCGGGAGCUGGACUCCAGUGAGGAGCAGGACAGCGAGCAGGAUGACGAGCAGAUGUCAUCGGUUAGCGAUGUGUGCCAGGGCAGUCCGGAGAAACUGUGCUUGAGAUACCGCAUUUGCCUGGAGCGUGUGAGCCAUGAACUCCUGGCUGGCGGAAACUCCCAAUUGGAAGAUGAAAUCCUACGCACGCACACCUACGAUGAGGAUGAUUUGAAGCUGGCCUUUGUGGUGGGCGGGGCCACGGGCGUUUGCAUGGUCAUCUUCAUCAUCACCUUUGCCCUGUGCCUCAAGAGUUGCUGUGAGAUGCGCAAAAAGAAGAGUAACCCGGGGAUGGCCACUGGGGAUUCAGUUCCUUUGGACCCCUCGCUGGAUAGCCUGCCCACCAUACACACCUGGUCACCACAGCGGACUCGCAACCCCAGGCGAUCCAAUCCCCAGCGUCCCCGUAGUACUCCAUCGCAUGCCAUAGUCCGACAACCCUACGGACCGCAGGACAACUUUGUGUCCCGGCUCUUUGGUCGUCCGGCCCGCAGUCAGUACUACCGGACAAUCAAUCAGAACACAGCCACCCUCAUAAGGCGCCUCAGUCGGAGUAACCUCUUCACCAGUCGCGACCGGGAGCCGAGUUCCCCCGCUGAACCGCCCACUUCUACGGCCAGAUUCUACACGGAUGUUGUGGAAAGUGGGGCGGUAAGACCGGAGACACCGCCUCCUAACUACGGCGACGUGGUGGUCAUCGAGAAUUGUGAUAACAAGUGAAGGGAGUGGCUUGUUAAUAUAGCCAAUCAUUCGUAUUAGUAAAAGUAUUCUAAGUUAUCGCUCUUCUCGACCUCAAUCAUUUACUAUACAAAUCUAUAUGAGACUAUUACAAUAAUAAUGUCAAAAUAUUAAACUUCAUAUC